GUAGGAGACUGCUCGCUUCCAUUAUCUCAUGGAUUAGCUCUUAUUUCAGUGAACGCUAUUGUGAUUAUAACAGGAACACUUGGCAACCUACUGGUUUGCUUUGCAGUUGCCACAACUCCUCGUCUUCGUAGACCUGCAAACUUCCUACUGUUUAGCUUGGCUAUUGCUGAUUUGCUUGUGACUAUGGUGUGCGAACCGCUAUUUCUGGCAAUCCUCACUCGAAGAACUUUUUUUAAUGAGUGUGCAAAUGGCUUGGAAAUCCCAUACAUUAUCUUAUCCAUGCUUUCGUGUGCUGCUUCUGUGGAACACAUUGCGGCUAUUAGUGUUGAUCGUGUUAUCGCUAUUUUGUACCCUCUGCACUACAAAAGCAUCAUGGAGAAUCGUGGUUUGAAAGCAAUGCUUAUAAAGUCUUGGUUAUCGCCGAUUGUGGUUCCCAUUUUGAACCCCAUUAUUCCGAAAAGAUUUCCGAAACGUUUCGUUGCGUUCGGAAUUUUCAGCCUAAGUUACAUGGCUGUCUUUGUGUCGUACUCACUGAUAGUAAUGUCGCUAGUUAAACAUCGAAAAAAACAAAUACAGAUCAGAGCUGAUCCUUCCAAGAAUUCCAGCAACUUCCAGCAAUUUCGGGUGGAGAUCCGCAUUGCUAUUACACUGGCGAUUGUGACUGUUGUUUUCACCAUUUGCUGGGUUCCGCUUUUUACAACAUUUUUUGCAGCGGGAAAACUACUGGUGAAGAAUCGCGGUAUAGCUUAUUUAUGGAUUAGCACUUUGGCUCUCUCAAACUCCGCAAUGAAUUUCGUGAUCUAUGGGUCGCGAAUGCGGAACUUUCGAGAGGCGUUCACGGCAAUUCUGCGGAAGAUUCUUAGCUAUUGCGAAUGUUCACGGACCAAUGUUCACAACAUCAAGCUACAGACAUUACGAUCUUGAUAAACAUUUCAAUGAACAAACAUGUAGGUAAGAAAAGAACUAUAGUAAACACAAAAGUAAACUAUGCAAGUUCAAAUAAUUCUCUUUUGCCAAGAGUGCAAUUAAUAGCUGAGUUCAGACACACAGCUUGCACAUAAGAGCGAACGUCAGUAUGACAUCGAACAGCACCACUUGUGG